CACCUAAUAUUCGUAACAUUUUGCUAGCUUACAUAAUAAUGCUCUUGAAGUAUUUAUUACUUAUUUUUUUUUUAAAAAAAAAACUCAUUAAUUCUUGAAAAAAUUAUUUAUGCUCCUACCAAACACAUCCCCCAAGUAAAGUCUUCAAAAUCUGACUACCGUAAAGACAAAUUAGUAUGGAUGCUGAAUUAUUAAUGAGAAUAGACGAAUCCGAUCCGUUACAUUAUAUCUUCCUUAAAUAUAAUACGGCACCACAUAGAAGCAAGUAUUUAUAGAAAUUAUAAGGUCGAAAACAAAAUUAUAUCAAAUCCUCCAUAUUCAGUGAAUGCAAAUUCAUCUUAAAUUAAAAAAAAAAAGCGCCAUUUUUUCACUGAACCACUACACAACACCAUGGAAUCUCAAUAUCCUUUAUUCUCCACCAUUGUUACUCUCUACACUAUUAUUUUCAUAUAUUUUCCAACGAUUGCUGCUUCUCCACUCAUCAUUUCAACCUCUCUUCUGUUACUUUCUCUGCUCAGACUCGGUGCAGCUCAGAGAAUUUCACAGAAGAACAACAAAAAACCCGAAUUCGAGAUGUUAUGUAUACAAAAUCCGCCUGAUUUUGGUGAUAGUAUCAAGUGUGAGAAUGAUUUGGUGCUUGACCCGGAUCCGGACCUGGACCCAGUUGAUUCUGAUGUGGAUUCAUCCAAUUGUGAAAAGGAUUCGGUGUUUGAACCGAAUUUGGAACAGAGAAACGAAUCCAGUGUGGACACAAGUUGUGAAAAGGAUUCGGUUCUAGAACCGGAAUCGAGACGGUUUUAUGGGGAUUGCUUUGUGGAGUGGAAUGUGAGGGCGCCAUUGGAGGUGAUAUACGAAGCCUAUGAAGGAGAAGAAGAAGAAGACGGGGAAUAUACAGAGGAGAAGAGAGACGAAGAGUUGAGGGUUAUUGAGAAGUAUGCUUCGUUGUCGAUGUACUACCCGGAAACGGAUACGGAUACGGAUAGUUCGUCGGGCGGGGAUUCACCGGUUAUCGGAAACUGGGAUUCGCCGGAGAAUGUAUGUUUCCAGUGGGACGAUGAAGAUAGAGAAGAGUUGAUAGAGAUUGAAUUGGAUUGCAAGAGAAAUAGCGAAUUCGAGGAAGAGAAUCUAAUCGAGAUUGAUCUAAGUCCGGCGAAUUUCCCGUCGAUCCUUCAUCAUGACAGGACCUGAAAGUGCUCCUUCAGCACAAGGAACCUCUGUUAAUGGUGAUGCACACAACACUCUCUACAUACACCCUUCGGAUAGCCUUGGUAUGGUGUUGGUACCAACUCAAUUCGAUGGAACAGGAUAUAGAUCCUGGAGAAGGGGAGUUAUGCGAGCUUUGUCAGUAAAGAACAAGCUUGGAUUCAUUG